CAAAAAGUGAAUAAGUCAGUGCGGCUGAGUGCGGAGCGGACGUCAGUAAUAAAUAUUAAUAAAAAAGUCACUUUUUAGUGACAUUUAAGUAAAAUAAGUGAUAAGUAGUGUUGUCACAAGAUGGCGUUCCGAUCGUGCGUGGGAGUCGUUUUAUUUAGCUGUUUAAUCGUAUUAGCCGCAUCAGCAGGCCCGAAGCCCAAGGGCCGGAAGCCAGUGAACCCCCCCACGAGGACCAUCGCUGACAACGAGAGGAAAGCUGAGGCUGAGGCUGAGAUCACUAAUGACUGUCCCGAAGACGGGUUCUUUGCUGAUGCUGAGCAGUGCGACAAGUAUUAUGAGUGCAGAGCUGGUAACAUCAUUGAGAAGCUAUGUCCUGACGGCAUGGUGUUCAAUGACUACAGCUCGCAGGAGGAGAAGUGUGACCUGCCCUUCAACCUAGAUUGCUCAGCUAGGCCUAAGCUGCAAACUCCAAUCCCCGCGCUGCACUGUCCCCGCCAAAACGGCUACUUCUCCCACGAAGAUCCUAAGGAGUGCGGUAAAUUCUACUACUGCGUCGACGGCAAGUUCAACAUGAUCACCUGUCCUGAUGGCCUGGUGUACAAUGACAAGACUGGCAUCUGCACGUGGCCUGAUGAGGCUAAGAAGAAGGGCUGUGGUGCCGCUGAGGUAUUCGCCUUCGACUGCCCCGCUGUGAACGAGACCUUCGGUCUGACGCACCCUCGCUACGCCGACCCUGAGGACUGCCAGUUCUUCUACGUGUGCAUCAACGGGAACACCCCUCGUCGGUCCGGCUGCAAGCUGGGUCAGGCCUUCGAUGACGUCAACAAAAAGUGCGAGUGGGCUAGGAAGGUGCCUGAAUGCGCCGACUGGUACAAGGGCCAGCUGACUGACGCGGAACUGGAGGCACUGGAGAACCCCCCGACCCCCAAGCCGAAGCCGGCUGGCAGCGCGCCCUCGCGCCGCAAGCCUAUGAGGCCUCACAAGGGCAAGGCGAUCGAAGAGGACGAGGAGUAGCCCAUUUACUUAGUCUAGAUUAAUAAAGUAUUUUUUAUAAGGA